UUAUCAUCGAGUUCUGUGAGAUCUGCAAACAGUCGAAACAUAAAUAGUACAUAUACGCAUAUAUAUAGAGAGAAAGAAUAGUAGUGUGUUGUAGAGAGAGAAAGCAAACCCGAUCUCCCCUAACCCACCCCCUCCAUGAGAAUCCGAAAACACGCCAAGCUCGCCGGCCUCAUCUCCGCCGCCUCCGCCGCCGAUCUCUCUCCUCCGGCCUUGCAGUCUCACAUCUGCCACCUCAAUCAGUCUCCCUGGGACGCCAUCUCCUUCCCUCCCGAUUCAGCUUCCUCUCCAUUCCAGGUCGAUGGAGAAGAUAGUUUCACAGUAAAUGCGAGUUUAGGAGAUUCACCCGGAGCUGUUGAGAGUGUGACUUCCAUGAAAACAUCUGUUGUUGAUGGACAAAAUGCAAUCAACAACGUAGACAAGAUUGAGGAUGCAAAUGAGAGGAAAGAUAAACUAGGGUUUGGAAAAAAUGGAGUAAUUUUGUGCUGCAAGAGCCAUGAGAAGGAUUGGAAGUGUAAGAAAUCUGAAAACGUUGCGAUUCGCCGGCGCCCGCGUCCCAAAAAACCCGCGCGUUCGUCGUCGAAUCCGUAUGAAUUCUAUUAUUAUUCUGGGUUCGGGCCGCGGUGGGGCAAGAAGAGAGGUACAAAUACAAAUGUGGAAUUUAUUAGGGUGGAGAGUGAUACCAAGGAUGUUGAUGAAGUUAAGGUGAUUGUUACUAAAGCCACCACGACGCCCUAUUCGUCAUCGUCGUCUCAAAUCGACAAUGAAGAAUUUGAUUAUAUUGAAGAUGACGAUGAUGACGACGACGAAAAUGUAGAAGAGUGUGGUGAAUUUGGGAAGAAGAGAGGCCGAAAACCGAUCAAGGCUAGGUCGCUCAAGUCUUUGAUGUGAAUCUUGAGCAAAAAUUAUUCAGUGCCACAAAUGGGUUUACAGAAGUAUUAUCACAAAUGUCACUGAAUAAUUGUUAGUUGUUGGGUUAAGAGGGAGCAAUAUGAAUUUUGUGUGAUUUAUGCUAAAUGUUGUGUCUUUAAAUCUUUUUAGAGUUAUGUUGGGUUAAAAGGUUUUUUGGUGUUCAUGUGGUUGUGUUUUUUUAAGAUAAGAGUAUAUCUUGGGUGUAAGUCAUGUAGAAGCUAAUUGCUGUGUUGGAUAAUUUUUGAAAUAGAAGGGUAGCUGUGUAAUUUAACUUUUGUUA